AUGAAGAUAGAAUUCAAAGAAGAAAAUUAUGGUAGCAAAACAUCAAAUUGUAAGCAAUCAAGUCAAAGCUCUCAUUCCACAACUAAAAAGAGUGUUCUAUCCAAUUUCAAAAUUGGUUAUCAAGCUCCAGAGCCAAAUCGAGUUUACCUUACAGUGCUUGCAACUUCUGGUAGCCAACUAACAUAA